AUAUAAUCACUCCAAACCUCGAAAUUCCUCACAUCAACAACUAUUACCAAACACACCAAAUUCAGACAUCCAAAAAAACCGAAAAACCGCAUCAUCAUAUCAAAACGAAUAGAAGAUAUUAAAAAUGAAACUAGUAUGGUGUCCGGAGAGAGCAUCGAAAGCGUACAUCGACACAGUACAAUCCGUAAGCACGCUGAAACGGGAAUCCGGCGUGGCGGAGCUAGUGUCAGCCAUGGCAGCGGGGUGGAACGCGCAGCUGAUCGUGGAAACAUGGUCGCAAGGAGGCUUGAUCCCAACCAGCAUAGGAUUGGCCAUCGCAAGCCGUCACACGGGCGGUAGACACGUGUGCAUAGUCCCGGACGAGACGUCGGGAUUAGAGUACGGUGAAAGGAUGAGCGAAGCCGGAGUUAGGAGGCCGGAGACACUGGUAGGAGAGGUGGAAGAGGUUAUGGAAGGUUUAGAAGGAAUUGACUUCUUGGUCGUGGAUUCGAGGCGCGGCGACUUCGCCAGGGUUUUAAGACUGGCCAAGUUGAGCGCCCAAGGGGCCGUUAUGGUCCGAAAGAACGCCAACGCCAGUUCAAGUUCUUCGAAGCCCACGUUUAAGUGGAGGGGAGUGGUGGAUGAAGGAGGAUCCAGAAGACGCGUUGUACGGUCGGUGUUUCUUCCGGUUGGGAAGGGGCUUGACAUAGCACAUGUUUCCGGUGUCGGUGGUGGUCGUGGUGGUGCUGAUGGGAAGAGGUGGAUUAAGCAUGUUGAUCGGAGAUCUGGGGAUGUUCACGUUAUUAGACGAUGAAUCAGUGAUGAUGGAUUCGGGGCGUCAAAUUUUCAACGCCGUUAGUUUUGUAAAUAGGAAAUAUAGCAUGAAUUUUAUAUGCCAAGAAUUGUUUAAUUUGUUUGUUUUGUUUUAUACUAUAUAUAUUAACAACAACAGAAUUCGAUGAA